UGGAACAUCAACCCGACGGUCCUCCCGGCACGGUUUGCUAAGAGGUCAGACGGGCCAAAGUGGACGCUUUCUUGAACCCGCCGGUGGGGCGUUCUUCUUCUCCGAUCGGAAAUAUCUAUAGCACGAUUCCUUUCCGGGAAGAUGGCAUUCUAAUUAAGACCGGAGCUUCUGCGGAGGAGGAGUUGGUCCUUUUCACCAUCUUCUUCUUAGCCUCUUGGUUUUCGCAGAAUGCCUACCUCGGACGAGCCCUACACGAGUCUCCCCACCAGCCAUUUGCUUGGCUCCGUCCCGAUAAUUGUAUUUCCAGGACUCUUCCCUGAACUUGCCGUGCAGAAGCAAGGAUAUUCCCAAGGGCUGCAGUUGAACCAGAUAACAAAUCUGCAAGUUAUGAAGUCCCAGAGGCAAAUAUGCAAAUAUUUCCACCUGCUAAUGGAGGUUUCCGAGGAAAUGAUCCUGGAACUUCAUAUGGUGGAGAUGAGUCUUCCGAAAGCAAAUGGAAGGGAGUCUUUAGCAUUUCGUCUUACACUCCAUACUUCGAUGUGGACACUGAUAUUGUCCUUGAUAGGAUUGCAAACUCAAUGCAUCCACUUCGCGGGAACUUCUUUAGGAGGAUUGAAACGAUCCCUGAUUUGUAUGGACCUGUCUGGAUAUCCACUACAUUGGUUUUCAUGCUUGCUGCAGUUGGAAAUUGUGCUACGUAUCUGAUGAAUAAAAAAUCCGACUCCUCAACAACAUGGAGCUUCGAUGUAAGCUACAUGAAUUGGGCAGCAUGUGCUAUUUAUGGAUACGUAAUCUUGCUCCCACUUGCAUUCUAUUUCCUGCUUCAGUACUUUGGGUUGACUUCAAGCUUAAUACGUCUUUGGUGUAUGUGGGGCUACUCUCUGUUUAUCUUUUUACCAGCUUGUAUUCUGUUGGUAAUUCCUGUUGAGUUUGUGAGAUGGAUCAUUAUCCUCCUUACUGGUGCCACGUCAGCUUGCUUUGUUACUCUGAAUAUAAGGUCGUAUAUUGAAGGAAACGACUUAACGCUGCUGGUUAUAAGUUCGCUGGUGUUACAGUUUGCCUUGGCUAUCUUUAUCAAAGUUUACUUUUUUGCGUAAGGGCAGAUACCUUUUGGUGCCUCCAGAGUGCUUCUUCAAGGAUUGGUCUUUGGUUGUUGUGUGAAGAAUGAGCUCUGGCUUGUAGUUUGAAUGGUGAAAAAUUACACUUGCAUGCAUGGAUAUAUGUCUUGUUACUCCAUGCUUGCUAACAGAAUUUUUGAAUCUUUGAUGUAUGUAGUUUUUCAGACUCUGUAUCCUACAUGGCAGACAAACUGACCAUAUGCUACUCUUUUGAAAUGCCUAUAAAUAUGUUCAUGACGUACCUCUAAUCUAA